ACGCAAUGUAAACAAACAAUGGCGGCAUGCUGAGUACACGGAGUCCUAGUUUUCCUCAUCUACUUUGUAUCAACAAACAAACAAAAACAAAAUAAUACUUUAAUAGCAUUGAUAACCUGUGAUGGAAACGUAAGUCAUCAACAUCUAAUAAUUUACACAAGAGGCACUUUGGGAGACGAUCGCUUGUUUGCCCGGACCGACAGCAUCAAGUUUCUGUCAUGCUAACACAUUGACCCCAGGGGAUCUUAUGAAAGACUUUCCAUAAUUUUACUCAAAGUCCACGAAAAUCGAGCAGGACCAAAACAUUACAGCUGAUCGCUGUGAAAAACGUUAAGCGAAGACGUCAAGUAUAACCGCAGCAAUGACAGUGUUCUUAAUAUCACAAACUGGAUGCUAUUUCUGAGGAGCAGGAGGAUAGUGAUUCAUCAGAAUCAGAGUUAUCCAGUUGUGCAGGACUAGACCCAGAUUACAAACCAGGUCAGAGUUCAUCGUCCAGUGAUUUGAGCCCAGACAAAGGUUCAUCGUGGAAGAAACCAAUGAUGUCCAGUGAAAUACUUGAAUGUUCCGACACAAAUUCUAGCGACUGUGCCAUCAAAAAAACUGAAAACACAAGAACGUAUGGAAAAAAACACCAUAAACUACACAAGAUAAAAAAGACAGAUACAUCCAAAUUAAAUGUGACCCUAAAAAUUUGCACAAGGCGGGAAGACAAGAAAAGAGCUUGGGACAAAAGACAUUAUUGCCUCUACUGUGGGAAAUCUCAGUUAAAGAUUUCAAGACAUUUAGAGAGAAAACACAUGGAUGUCAAAGAUGUGGCAUAUGCCUUCAGCUUUUCAUUAGGAUCAAAACAAAGAAAAAGUCUUUUAGAACAGCUCCGCAACAAAGGAGACUUUAAACAUAAUUCCAAAGUUCUGGAAAAAGGCAGAGGACAAAUAGUGACGUGGAAGCAGCCAUCUGAUAAAGCCUCGGUUAAGGAUUAUUUGCCUUGCCCAUACUGUUUUGGAAUGUUUAAGAGAAAAGACCUUUGGAGACAUCAAUCAUCAUGCAGAACAAGAAAAUCUUGUGUGACCGAUGAAAAAACAAAGAAUAGACGAAGUAGAAUACAAAGUCGUGCCGCAUCCCUGCUUCCUAUUGCAGCUUCCUCAGAUGGCUGUCAGAGCAUCAUUAACCAAAUGAGACAAGAUGAUGUUUCGUUUCAUAUCAGGAGUGAUAGUUUAAUUUGCAACUAUGGUGAAUCACUGUACGCAAAACAUGGUCGAGUGAAGUCCAGGCACCAGUACAUUGCACAAAGAAUGAGAGAGCUUGGCCGAUUCAUGUUAGUGGCUAAGGACAUGGACAAGACAGUCAAUUAUCUUGAAGAUUUGUGUGUGCCAUCAAAAUAUCAGCUUGUUGUCAGUGUUGCCAAGUGUCUAACUCAGUUUAGUCCAGGCAAAAAUGAGUUUGGAAAACCUUCAACAGCAGUCAAAAUUGGAUUCUGUCUUAAAGGGGCUGUGGAGGUCCUAAUAGGACAGACUCUAAUGAAUGAAGAUGAUCUUGCAGAAAAGAAAGCUAAAAAGUUUUUGGAACUUCUGGAGAAAAACUGGAGAAACAGUGUUUCUGUCACAGCUCACCAAACCAUACAGGAAAAAAGAUGGAAUAAAGAUGAUGACAUCCCCCUCACAAAAAAUGUUAUUGCUUUAAGAGACCAUCUCAGGAUGGUAGAAGAUGAAGCAAGAAAUGAAUUGACAGAACAAAUGGAUUUACAUGCAUACAAAACAUUAAACGAGUCCGUUCUAGCACAGGUCAUUAUCUUCAACAAGCGGCGUGAAGGGGAAGCAUCACGCCUUACUCUUGACGUUUACAUGAAAGCAAGCACAAGUGCCAUAAACGAGGACAUUUAUAAAACCUUGUCACCAUUGGAAAAGCAGCUCAGCAAGUUAUUAACUCGCAUAGAAAUCAGAGGAAAACGAGGAAAGAAAGUUCCAGUUUUCUUGACAAAGAGAAUGAAGGCAUCAAUUGAUUUGUUGGUUCAAAAGCGAGUGGAAGCUGGUGUACCUGCUGAAAAUCCCUAUCUCUUUGCAAGACCCGGUGUGAUGACAAACAUACGCGGAUGUGACUGUCUGCGGAAAUAUGCAAAAAAAAGCAAAGCAGAAAACCCUGAACUCUUGAGGUCAACUAAAUUAAGAAAGCAAGUUGCCACACUCUGCCAACUCUUGGACCUUAGUGAACAAGAACUGGAGCAAGUUGCAAGGUUCAUGGGACAUGAUAUCAGAGUUCACCGUGACUUUUAUAGGCAAACGGACAAAACAUUUCAAAUUGCCAAAAUAAGUAAGCUUCUGUUUGCAAUGGAGCAAGGCACUCAGACUUUAAGGGGGAAGAACCUUAAUACACUUGCACCGGCCUGUGGUGAAGGUCCCACACUGAAUUCUGUGGGUGUCUCACCGAGAACAAAGAGAAAGAGAGUAAAGCUGGCUGAGGAUGGAGUUUCUGAUCUCUCCUCACCUGAAAAGACACGUCAAUCAUGCCGUGAAGCUGAUGGUUCAGAUGUAGAUGAUGAUUGUUCAGGAGCAAACCUGAAGAAAAAACCCACACCAAAUAAGAAAAGACGACGACAGACCAAGAGUGAGGAAACAAAGGAUGGAGGUUUUGAUCUCUCAUCUCCUGAAAAGACACGUCAAUCAUGCCAUGAAGCUGAUGAUUCAGAUGUAGAUGAUGAUUGUUCAGGAGCAAACCUGAAGAAAAAACCCACACCAAAUAAGAAAAGACGGCGACAGACCAAGAGUGAGGAAACAAAGGAUGGAGGUUUUGAUCUCUCAUCUCCUGAAAAGACACGUCAAUCAUGCCAUGAAGCUGAUGAUUCAGAUGUAGAUGAUGAUUGUUCAGGAGCAAACCUGAAGAAAAAACCCACACCAAAUAAGAAAAGACGACGACAGACCAAGAGUGUGGAAACAAAGUAUGGAGGUUUUGAUCUCUCAUCUCCUGAAAAGACACGUCAAUCAUGCCGUGAAGCUGAUGGUUCAGAUGUAGAUGAUGAUUGUUCAGGAGCAAACCUGAAGAAAAAACCCACACCAAAUAAGAACAGACGACGGCAGACCGCGAGUGGGGAAACAAAGUAUGGAGGUUCUGAUCUCUCCUCCCCUGAAAAGAGACUUAAAUCAUGCCAUGAAGCUGAUGGCUCAGAUGUAGAUGAUGAUUGUUCAGGAGCAAACCUGAAGAAAAAACCCACACCAAAUAAGAACAGACGGCGACAGACCAAGAGUGGGGAAACAAAGGAUGGAGGUGCUGAUCUCUCCUUCCUUGAAAAGCGACUUAAUUCAUGCCGUGAAGAUGGUAGUUCAGAAUCAGAUGUAGAUGAUGAGUGUUCAGGAGCAAACCUGCUGAAAAAACCCACAACAAAUAAGAAAAUAGGACGACAGACCAAAAGUGCCAAAGUGUCGGCCAAGGUAAAUGUGAAGAGACCAUGGAGUGAGGCAGAGAGGAGUGCAGUACACAAACACUUGGCCAAGUUUAUAGCCGAGCGCAGAGUUCCUGGAAAACUGCCAUGCAUGAAGUGCAUAGAGGAAGAAGAAGCCCUAAAUGAACGAUCUUGGAAGGAUGUGAAGAAUUUUGUGUACAACACAAUUGUAACUCUAAAUCGGAGAUCUGCUUCAAGAAAACUAAAAUUUUAAAGGCAAAAUGUGGUGUUCAUCUCAAUCUCUCUUUCUCCGUUUCUCACUUUUCCUUUUUUUUUUUUUUUUUAACAUUUUGUUGUAACGUUUACUGUUUUCUGAAAAUGUUAACAAAAUAAAUGUUCAUCUGGUUACUGCAGAUGGUAUCUCUCUUGCAGCUUUUUGGGAAUUGCGGGAUGGUGGGUAUAUAAAUUGCUAAAUUUGGUUCCUUUAGUAUAAUUAAUAAUUGCACAGGAAACUCUUUGCAUUUUAGUACUGUAGUCAGAUUAUAAUACCAAAAAUAUUUAGUUUUUUAAAAACCCCAGUUUGUGGCUUGCAUGAUGAAACAUUAAAUGGCAUAGAUGGUUGAAAGCUAAAUCAAUGUAGUUCAAACAAUACAUUGACAAAUGAACUCAAUAGCGCCCCCAUGAAAAUGUCCUCGCUCUGCUGGUAAAAAACUUUUUCUUUCCCUUUGUUUUAUUAAGAAUCUGAGGUGAUAACUAGGCUCAUGGGCACCCCUAGUGUUAGAAUAUAACAUUUGUUUAUCUCAAAUUAAAGCAGAAAUGGUGGUCCUCAUACUGCAGGUUAAUUUACCCGGUCCUCAUUUUGGUAGUUGUACAGGAAUGUGUGUGUGUGUGUGUGUG